AUGCAGCCGGGCGACAUCUACGCGCCGCCUCCGGGCAGCCAGCCCCGUCGCGGCGACCCAUACGCUUCACCGACGCAAAACCCGCAGCGCCCUCCGCCCGUUCCCCCCGCACCGGGACAUUAUGGUCACCACCACACUGCCUCUGACCCGUUCGAGGAACCGUCGCGCUAUGACUCGCCUGCACCGGUGCCGCCGCCUGUUCCUCCUCCUCCCGCUGGAACGCUGGGGUUGCCUGAGCCGUACGAGCCGGGUCGCGCUGGAUCCAGCGUCUCGAUCAACCAGCCUUACCUCCCCGACACUCGACUCCACAGCCCGCCCCCUCUCCAGCACAUGAACAGCAACUACAGCGACGCCGGCUACCCGCCGCCUGCCUCGUCCUACGUCGGUCACCAUGACGAGGACUACAACGACAACGCCCCGCUGUUAAACCAGGGCCAGCCUGGCGCCUACGGCAUGCCUGCCUACCAGCUGACGGAUGAUGGAGCUAUCCCCAUGACGCAGGUCAACCACGGUCACGGCUACGCCCCUCCCAUCCCGCAGUCUGGGCCGCCGGUGACGAUGCAGGGCAUUCGCUUCGACGACCCGUACGGCGACGGUCCGCACGACGAGGAGCAACCUCGCAUUCACUACGGUCCCCUGCCGACGCGCCAGAUUCGACGAAACAAGACGCAGAAGCGUGUCCAGCUGUUCAAGGGUCACCUCGUGCUCGACGUCGAUGUUCCGAGUAAGCUGCUGGAGAAGUGCCCGAUCAAGGAGGGCAACGAGUUCACCAAGAUGCGCUACACAGCCGUCACUUGCGACCCCGACGACUUUGUGCGGGAUCAGUACACGCUUCGCCAGAGGUUAUACAACCCUCCCCGUCAAACGGAGCUGUUCAUCGUCGUGACAAUGUACAACGAGGACGACGAGCUGUUCUGCCGUACGAUGUACGGCAUCAUGCAGAACAUCGCCAACCUCUGUAACCGUGGCUCAAAGUCCACCUGGUCGAAGGACGGCUGGCAGAAGAUCAACCCGAGAACGAGGUCGGUGCUUGCCGCGCUGGGUGUCUACCAGGAUGGCAUCGGUACCAACGUUGUCAACGGCAAGCCCGUCACGGCGCACCUGUACGAGUACACCACUCAGCUGUACAUCAACAAGGACCGCUCGAUCGUCGGAGCUGCGAGCAAGAAGGCUGGCAAGGUUGUGCCCGUUCAGCUGCUGUUCUGUCUGAAAGAGAAGAACCAGAAGAAGAUCAACUCGCACCGCUGGUUCUUCAAUGCUUUCGGCCAGGCGCUGAACCCCAACGUUUGUGUGCUGCUCGACGUCGGCACGCAGCCUGGACCGGACUCGAUCUAUCACCUGUGGAAGGCGUUCGACAUCAACUCGGCGUGCGGUGGCGCGUGCGGAGAGAUUGUCGCUUUGAAGGGCAAGCUGUGGCACAACCUCUUGAACCCGCUCGUUGCCGCUCAAAACUUUGAGUACAAGAUGUCCAACAUCCUCGACAAGCCGCUCGAGUCGGUCUUUGGCUACAUCACCGUCCUGCCUGGUGCCUUCUCGGCGUACCGCUACAUUGCGAUCAAGAACGACCCUGUGACUGGUGAAGGUCCCCUCCAGAAGUACUUCCUCGGCGAGACCAUGCACGGCGCUGGAGCCGGUAUUUUUAAGGCGAACAUGUAUCUCGCCGAGGACCGCAUUCUCUGCUGGGAGCUCGUCUCCAAGCGCGGUAGCAACUGGACUCUUCACUACGUCAAGUCGGCCGAAGGUGUGACCGACGUUCCCGACCAGGUUCCCGAGCUCGUAUCGCAGCGUCGUCGUUGGCUGAACGGCUCCUUCUUCGCGGCCAUUCACUCGAUCGUGCACUUUGGCUACAUUUACCGCUCGUCUCACUCGUUCGGCCGCAAGCUGGCUCUGCACAUCGAGUUGAUCUACCAGAUUCUGACCAACAUCUUUGCGUGGUUCUCGCUUGGAAACUACUACAUUGCGUUCGUCGUCCUGACAAACUCGAUGGUGGCCACCGGCAAGGCCUUCCACUACGUCGGUGUUGCUCUGAACUGGUUCUACCUCGCUCUGCUUCUGCUCUGUUUCAUCCUCGCGCUCGGAAACCGUCCCCAGGGGUCCAAGAUUGGUUACACCAUCGCCAUGGUCGGCUACGCCUUGAUCACAGUGUAUAUGAUCUUCUGUGCUGUCUGGCUCGCUGUCCACAGUAUCGAGACCGUCAAGAACGAAUCUGGGGGGGUUAACGAGCUCCUCAAAUCCAAGGUCUUCACAAACAUUGUCCUGUCGCUGCUGGCCACGUACGGACUGUACAUUCUGUCGUCUCUGAUCGCGUUCGACCCGUGGCACCUGAUCACGUCGUUCCUGCAGUACCUCCUGAUCGCCCCGAGCUUUAUUAACGUUCUGAACGUCUACGCGUUCUCGAACGUGCACGACGUCUCGUGGGGUACGAAGGGAUCGGAUAAGGUGGAGCAGGACCUCGGAGUGGUCAAGCCGACAGAGAAGAAGGACGAGGUCGAAAUCGAGGUCCCCGAGAAGGACGAGGACCGCAACGCCGUGUACCUGAAUGAGCUUGCCAUCAUCUCCACGCCGGCCCCUAAGGAGGUAGUCGUCGUGAACGAGGAGCAGAAGCAGGAGGACUACUACAAGAACUUCCGUUCCAACGUCCUCCUCGCCUGGACGAUGACGAACGCGGCGCUCGCCGUCGGCAUCUUAACUGGCGCGGGCAGCUCGAGCCUCGACGACAACAAGGUCGCGUCGACGUACAUGGCCGUGCUGCUGUAUACGGUCGCCGGGCUCGCGUUCUUCCGCUUCCUCGGCGCGAGUCUGUACAUGAUCAUCCGGUUGUUCAUGGGAGAGUGA